AUGGCUGUUGCACAUAACCCCGUUGCCUCAACAGCAACAACACAACAGCACCCGUCCGAAUCAGAACGUCAAUCCUCCCACUCGCCCUCCGACUCUGCAGCAACCAUCGGUUCUUCUCCUCUGCAACAACUGCAACAUACCUUCAAUCCUGCCACUGCCAUCACUACCUCGUCUGAGAAGGAGGAGUUAUACCCCCAAGAGAAAGCAACAGGCGGCAACCUGCAGCCUAAUGCAGCUGGAACUGUAACCACUUCAUUAGCCCCUUCCUCCAAAUCCAACUCCGAAUCAGUCUCUGUCCCAAUAGACCUGCAAGAUGCAGCAUCAUCUCCAUCCCCUAUUCCAACACCUGCAACACCUGCAACACCAGCGAAACCCUCAUGGAAGACCAAGGCAUGGGAUAUCUGGAUGAAGAAUUGGUUUCUCCUUGGACUCGUCAUUGUCAUCAUCCUCGCCCGCUAUUUCCCAGGCUGGGGUCGCACCGGGGGCCCGAUCCGGCCCGAAUACUCGGUCAAGUACGGCAUCACCUCCUGUAUCUUCUUGCUCUCGGGUUUGUCCCUCAAGACCCGCGACCUGUUGAUCUCCGCCAUGAAUUACCGUGCCCAUCUUAUGGUCCAAAUCACGUCCUUUAUCAUCAUCCCGCUCAUUGUCAAGGCUAUCACGUCGCUCUUGGGGCUUACAUCCAUGAAUGCGAAGCUUCUGGCUGGUAUGGCUGUCACCUCUGCAACGCCCACGACCAUCUCGUCGAACGUUGUCAUGACCGCCAACUCAAACGGAAGCGAAUCCUUGGCCUUGUUCAAUGCGGCAUUCGGUAACCUGCUCGGAGUCUUUAUCUCGCCCCUCAUCGUCUUGAUCCUCCUCCACUCGACCCCGGAGACCCCCUCGGGCCAACAUGGAAUGGAUUACGCAACCAUCCUCCGGGAUCUGGGCACCACCAUCCUGAUUCCCAUUGUCGUCGGUCAGAUCUAUCUCUACUAUUUUCCCCGCUCGAUUGCCUGGGCCAAAUCCAAGGUGCACUUCCCAACCCUCAACAGCACCUGUCUUUUGAUCCUUGUCUGGACCGUCUUCUGUGAUGCCUUCAACAACAACACCUUCUCGGCGGUCUCUGCGGGCGAGAUUAUUGCGAUCGGUGCUCUACAGGGAGUCAUCUUUUGGGUCAUGACGUUCUUUCUCGCAUUCUUGGCCCGUUCACGUCCCGCUAAACUCAGGAUUCUCAAGAUCAUGGAUCAGCAGCAUCAGGAGUCCCUCCGUCAGGAAGCCCACCUCGAGGACCAAACCGUCUCCAACCUUCAGACCUCUGGAUCCUCCGCCGAUAACGAACACCCCAACGUCACCAGAGGCCUCUCCCUCCCUCGAAACAAGGUCCAGGCGUUCUUUGAACCGAUGUCAAAGGAAGACACGGUCGCCAUUUUGUUCUGUGGAGGCACAAAGUCGGUCGCCAUGGGAAUCCCCAUGAUCAAGAUCUUGUACUCUUCCAACUCCGGAUCGCAAUUGGCCGGUCUUUUGGCUACACCAUUGUUGAUCUACCAUGUCGAGCAGUUGUUUUCGGGCGCUUUUAUGGUUGGUUGGUUGAAGAAGUGGGUUGGUCGUGGCGAGGAGACACUCGAGUCGUUUGAGAAGAAGCCAAAGGGCUCCAAGAUGCAGGAUCAGGAUGAAGAGGUCGUUGGCGCUGAAGAUGGUAGUGUGGAAGUGAAGGGUGAGGGUGUCAACAUCAACGAGACUUCUACCUCCUUGUCGUCCAAGUCUACUGCCCGCCCAUAG